AUGGAAAGCUCCCAGUCCCCGGAGGCACCAGGCGCGAAUCCGCCAUCCCCGACAUUGAACCCGGCGCAUCAGCACCAUGAUGCACAUCAUGUCCAUCCAACCCCCAAUACCGAAAAACCUCCCGUCGGCGGAGCAAUCAGUGAGAGGGGGAUUUCCAACACUAGCGACCCUCUACAUGGCUCCCAUGAAAAGCAUGUAGUCGAGAACGAUGGCGACGUGGAAGGGGGACGUUCCCUGGAGGAGGGUAAUCGGCGUAGCAUAUGGUCACGGUACAAGAAGGAGAUCCGUAUUGCGAUACACUUAACUAUCUUUCUGUUAUUCACAGGUUGGUGGAUUGCCGGCUUGAUUCUUCGCCGCAAAGACCUUGGAUGGGUCGUCCCAUUCCUCGUCUACCUCGGCGUCACUCUCCGAAUUGUCUUCAGCUACGUGCCCAUCUCCGUCGUCACCAGGCCCUUGUAUUGGGCAUGGACUCAUACUGCGAGCCCCGUCACUCGCCGUAUCCCCGAGAAACUACAAACACCUAUUUCUGCCGCCGUGGUUGCAUGCGUGAUCAUUAUUGGAGCCUUUGUGUCCGAAGAAUCGCAGGAUAAUACUCGGGCAAACCGUGCAAUCAGCUUGUUCGGUCUCGUCCUGCUCCUUUUCUGCUUAUGGCUAACGUCCAAGGACCGAAAGAAGAUUGUCUGGCGCCCGGUCAUUGUUGGAAUGCUUAUGCAAUUCGUCAUUGCACUCUUCGUUCUACGUACCCAGGUUGGAUUCGAUAUCUUCCACUUCAUUUCCCAGCGUGCAACCGACCUGCUAGGAUUUGCAUCACUCGGCACCCAGUUCCUUACCACCCCUGAUGCAAAGAAAAUCCACUGGUUUUUGGUUGGCGUGGUUCCUGCCAUUAUCUUCUUCGUGUCUUUGGUCCAACUCCUUUAUUAUGUCGGCUUCGUCCAAUGGUUCAUCGUCAAAUUCGCAACCUUUUUCUUCUGGGCAAUGCGAGUUUCUGGAGCCGAGGCUGUUGUCGCCGCAGCAUCGCCAUUUAUCGGCCAAGGAGAAUCAGUAAUGUUGAUUCGCCCAUUUAUCAAUUACCUAACUAUGGCCGAGAUUCAUCAGGUUAUGUGUUCUGGGUUUGCGACCAUUGCUGGAAGUGUGUUGAUUGCUUAUGUUGGACUGGGGGUUAAUCCUCAGGCUUUAAUUUCAUCCUGUGUGAUGAGUAUCCCUGCGUCCCUGGCAGUUUCGAAGAUGAGAUAUCCCGAGACUGAAGAAACCCUUACCGCUGGCCGGGUGGUUAUUCCAGAGGACGACGAACACAAGGCAACAAAUGCCCUGCAUGCAUUCGCAAAUGGCGCUUGGCUGGGUCUCAAAAUCGGUAGCAUGAUUUCUGCCACGCUACUUUGCAUUAUCUCCCUAAUUGGCCUUGUCAACGGCCUUCUCACCUGGUGGGGUCAUUAUCUAAACAUCAACCACCCACCGCUCACUCUCGAGCUUAUUUUGGGUUAUCUAUGCUACCCAAUUGCUUUCCUCCUUGGUGUUCCUCGAACUGGCGAUCUCUACAAGGUCGCCCAAUUGAUUGGCAUUAAAAUUGUCGCGAACGAGUUCGUCGCCUAUACUGCCCUCCAGGGAGAUGCCUACUACGCCGACCUCUCCCCUCGCUCUCGAUUAAUCGCCACCUACGCUCUUUGUGGUUUCGCAAAUAUUGGGUCUCUUGGUAACCAAAUCGGUGUUUUGGCUCAAUUGGCGCCCCGCCGUAUCGGAGACGUGUCACAGGUAGCCUUGAGUGCUAUGUUGACGGGAGCAUUAAGCACCUUUACCAGUGCUAGUAUUGCUGGGUUGCUGGUUACCGACCAACAGCAAUUCUUCAAGCCUGUCAACAUGACAUCCACUUAG